AGGGGCAGCUGGGCUGGGGGCGGGGACUUUGGCCCCGCCUGGCCAGAGAACCAAAAAAUAGGGUUGUCUCCCGGCCAGCAUAGAAAAACACCGACAGCCUCGAGGUGAACAUCUACAACCAUGGCAAGGCAAGCCGCUAAGACCUUGUGGUAUGACCGCCCACGAUAUGUAUUCAUCGAGUUCUGCGUGGAGGACAGCACAGACGUGAAAGUGGACCUGGAUGAUUACAAGGUGGUGCUCAGCUGUAAGAAUGCCGAUGGCGUGGAGCUGUACAAUGAGAUUCACUUUUAUGCCCGAGUGAAUUCCAAGGAUUCUCAGAACAAGCGCUCAGGCAGGUCCAUCACCCUCUUUGUGCGCAAAUGGAAGGAGAAAGUGGGCUGGCCUCGUCUCACCAAGGAGGAGUUCAAGCCAGCAUGGCUCUUGGUGGAUUUUGACAACUGGCGGGACUGGGAAGGCGAUGAGGAGGUGGAGGCAGCCAUGGUCGAACAGUAUGCAGAACUCAUGGAAAAGGUCACUACGAAGGUGACACCCCCUGCCAUGGAUGAUCUCGAUUUUACCACACGGGUCUUCUCCUGCCACCCUGCAGAGUUACUCACAGAAACUGGAGGAAAGAAGGAGACUCUGCAAGGAUUCCAUGUCAUCUUGCAAGACACUAUUCUUUUCCCAGAAGGUGGAGGACAGCCUGAUGACCGGGGGUUCAUAAAUGAUAUUCCAGUGCUUAGAGUCAUCCGACAAGGGCCAGAUGCUCUACACUUCAUCCAGACUCCCCUUGAGCCAGACACUGAAGUGCGGCUAGUACUAGAUUGGGAUCGGCGGUUUGACCACAUGCAGCAGCAUUCAGGACAACAUCUUAUCACAGCUUUAGCAGAUCUGAUGUUUGGAUUCAAGACAACAUCAUGGGAGCUGGGUCGCCAGAGAAGCACUAUUGAACUGGACACCACUUCAAUGACAGCAGCUCAGGUGGCAGCCCUUGAGCAGAACGUGAAUGAAAAGAUCCGUGCCCGAAUCCCUGUGGUGGUGCGGGAGUUGGCAGUGGGCGAUCCUGAAGUUGAGAUGGUGAGGAGCCGUGGCUUGCCGGAUGACCACACUGGGCCUGUUCGGAUAAUAAGCAUUGAGGGCAUUGAUGCCAACAUGUGUUGUGGCACACACGUCUCCAACCUCAGUGACCUGCAGGUAAUUAAGCUGUUGGGCACCGAAAAGGGGAAAAAGAACAAGACCAAUUUAGUUUUCCUUGCUGGGAACCGAGUGCUGAAAGCUCUGGAGCGAAGCCAUGCCACCGAGAAGGCCUUCACAUCACUGCUUAAGAACGGUCCAGAGGAACAUGUGGAAGCUGUGAAGAGGCUACAGAACUCAGUGAAGCAGUUUCAGAAGAGCAACUUGAAUCUGCUGAGAGAUUUGGCUGUUCUUACUGCUCACAGUUUCAAAACUAACCUGGCUCAGGAACCACUGUUUGUGUUGCACAGGAAAGAUGGCGAUUCUGAGUUCAUGAACAUCAUUGCGAAUGAGAUUGGCACAGAGAAAACUCUCAUUUUCCUGUCUGUGGGUGAUGAAAAGGCAGCUGGGCUUUUCCUACUUGCAGGACCUCCAGAAAUGGUGGAAAAACUAGGCCCCAGGGUGGCUGAACUGCUGGAAGGGAAAGGAGCUGGGAAACACGGCCGCUUCCAGGGCAAAGCCACACGGAUGAGCCGGCGAACAGAGGUGGAGGCCCUCCUCCAGGAGUGUAUCAAUCACAAAAACACAGAGCAAUGAUGGGAUGGACAAAAGACAAAUGGUUGGCAUGAGAAAGAUAAUGGAGAAAAGGUCCAGUCUCAGUUCCCCUUAAGGACUAUAAACUAAUACAAUUAAAAUGUCUUCUCUGUCA